AUGGACAACCAAGUUACAUGCGCGCUUGACUAUGUGGCGCUACCGGUGACGUGUACAGUGAAAUGGUACUGCUUCCAAGCAGACAACGACGAACAGACAGAUACGCUGGCCUAUGCCGUGCAGCACUGGCAGACAUACAAGGAAACUGACCCUGAGCAGACUGUGCCUUCGCUUGCGCAGCUGUGGAAACGCAUGGAAACAAUGCCAUUGUACGCAAUAGAGCAGCCAGAAGAAACACCUCGAUCCUUGUGGCUGUUUGUAUGGGCGCAUUCGUCGUGGGACCCCUCGCGGGAGACCUCGCUAGAAUCGUUGCCAUUGCACAAAUCCAGCAGCUAUGUACUCUCUGAUGUUGGACAAGCAUGGCAUCAGCUGGAAAUGCCUCCAGUAUGGCGAGCGCACGCCUUCUUCCUACAUGCCCUGGAAAAUGGCAUGGCCGAUCAAUGGGCCGCUGCCGGUCUAUGUCGUAUCAGUGGGGGUGUUCUUCGCUGGGAGGACUCAUUGUCUCACACAGGCCUCGCUUUGCUACAUUGCAAUGUGGACAAAAAGGCAUACAAGCACACGUUCCGUGCUCAUACGACACAGGAAGCGGUGGUCAUGACCACGUCCACUCAACACGUACCUUGGAGGCCGGUCGAGACGCCCUCGAUACCUGGCGAGCCGCUCUUGGCACAGCCAGGUGAUAUGCAUGUGCUGUUGCUACCAUCCCUUUACCGUGCUACGCUUCUUCAUACCAUUCCCAUGUUGUCUGACAAGGCGUUACAGCCGUUACGUGCUUCCCUUGGCGCCUCGUGGCAGCCAAAAGACGAUGACCAACUCGCCGUCCUCCAAAUUUCUGUCGUGGCCCCCCCACCUAAAAUGCCGAUCGAGGCGGAUGGCCUGGCUGUGCCGCUCGAUACACAUGCUGCGUCGAAUAGCACAGCCUGCACCAUUGUAUGGCCCCUAUCGCUGUGUGUAUGUGGGCAGCUGGAGACGCCUGCGGGUUCUCCUGAUUCUUGGCCCUUGCUGACGCAUACCGUCGAAGCUUUGCUCACCAGCGAUGCUUGGACUGCACGUACCUCGCAUCCACCGUCCCCAGAAGUGGCCAAUUACGUACCGGUGCAAGGCAUCGGCGCACCGCCGCCCAUCGAAUUGGUGGAUACGACGCCCUCCGAAGAAGACGUAUUUCAAGGGAUCGGCCAGCUGACAGAAGACGAUCUCAGCUUCUUCAGCGCGUCAGAGCGAGCUGAUCGGACCAAAGACGGACCUAUGCCCACAACGUUCGAACCAGUUCCGGCGCCCAUGGACCCGGCGCCUCGCUCGUCUGCGGAUCUUGUCACCACGCCGCUCACAGCCCCUCACUCGGAUGCAUCUGAGCCACAGGGGCUGGAGUUGCAGCCGCCCAAACCGGUGCAUAAGGAAGAUGCCUCUUUGUCUCCGACCACGCUAGCGUCUCAUGUGGUGGCUCCGCCAUCGCAAAUAUGUACCUUGCCCACAUCGCCUCGCAUGCUGAAACGGACAUGGGAUGCGGAAAUCUCUCCUGUGUCCAACUCUCCCGUGCAGGAAAAACGUCGGCUCUCGCAGAAGUACGAUAUGCAUGGCAAAUUCUUCGCCGAGAGUACGAUCAAACGGGCCCCUGAAGACGAGAUGUAUCGUCGCGUAGCCCCUUCGCCACGACCUUACUUGGCCACACCCACGAGUGCUGCCCUUAGCACCCCCUCACAUGCCUCCGCAGUAGAAGACUCCCUGCAAGGAGAACACGAAGACAAUAGCGAGGGAGAGGAUGACAACAGCAGCACAGAAAUGGUUCACAUCUCGGCCCUGACACGCGCCGUACUCCUACGUCGGCUGCACGUGAGCACGGCGCCUCGGCGACCCCAAGAGCAGGGUGUGACACGACAAGAUGCACGUACCGAGCGAGUGCAUUUGGAUUGGACGUGUCGCCUGCCGGGCCACCGAUGGGAACGACCUCGCAUCUUGGCAGGAUGUGGACAUGCUUUGGUCGACAUGGCUUCUGAGGCUAUGAGCUAUGCGCGCCCCCUGGGUCUGCAGCCUACCGCAGGUACCCGAUCUGUACUGGCCCAUAUGGUGUUGGUCGACUUGGAGCUGGAUGAUGAAGCUGUGUACACAUGGCAAUACGCAUUAGCGGACAAAUACAGUGCCUGCCACCUAGGCACCUUGGACGUGGGUCAAGUCUGGCACUAUCACGCCAACUCCUGGCUGGAUGGAAUGCCUAGCGCUGCCGUCUUUUUGCAGGCCCCGCGUGUGCACCAUGUAAUUUACUUGGUGUACAGUGAUGCGUCAGCAUGCGAGCGCUUGUAUCGCACCUGGCCACUGCCUGGACCCCAAGUCACACUGGUGGCUGUGCCCCUAGCGCAUAUUGUCCACAUGUCGCAUGUAACAGCGCUGGCCUACGCCGCAUAUGAAGACACUUGGCAUCGUGUUUGCCAGAUUGCUCCACACACCUAUGAGACGUGUGUGCAUCUCAAAGAAAAAGCAACCUUCCAACUUGCAUGGCCGUUGAAGCAGGCACACUCGCCCCUUCACCAAGGCACAGUACUUCAUGUGGCCUACGAUCGCUCCACCACGGCUACACGUGUGGUGCUAACUGACGAACGAGCCCAGCGUGUCGUGUGCCGAACUUGGGACAGUGGUGAUGUACAUGCUGAUAUGGUGCAAAUCUGGCAUUUGAUUUGUGCUUGCAUGACAGAAACGACGGCGGCCUGCAUGCCUUUGGAGGAGGCACAAGCUUGGUUGGCCUUGGCGCCCAAGAUGAAAGAGAGCGCAGCGUUGCGGCCGGUGGUCCUCACCUGCUUAGAGCCAGAUGUGGGUUUUGAUAUGCAAUGGACCUUCAGUACACCAGCCUCCUCUUGCGCGAUACAUCUCCCCAUCGCCAUGACGACACGCGCUACUCAUCCUGUGCUUACGCAGCGCAGCGCCUGCAUAUGCUCUACGAUACCCUAUAAGGAGGACAGCCAGACGGCGUACUUGUUGCAUAUGGUGCAGGUGCUGGGAGAGGAUGUGGACAUGGCCACCUGUCUCGACGAUGUUAUUACGCAUAUGACAGCCUUGCAAGAAAUCACAGCGCUACGGUGGCCGCCUCCUACGCCGCCGUGGCCAUGGCAUAUUGCGCUCCUUGCAAGUGCCUAA